AUGAGUACUUCUGCCUUUUUGAACCCUAUCAAGGAGGUUGUGGAUGAUAGUAAUGAAGAGAUACUUGAUUCCAUUGUUGAGGGCUAUUCGGAGGGCAAUAGGGCACAAGAAACCGACGAAGAGUCCGUGGAGGAUAUCCCAAUUAGGUCAGAGGAGGCAAUGCAGGCUAUACAACUGCUACAGCGCUACGAGGAGCAACAGGAUGACGGCAGCAGUGGCGCCUGGGCCGUCACGGGACCUCUUCAGCAAGAAUGGAACAAUGUACUUCCAACAAUCACUGAAACAUCAGACCAGCUGAACUUUCGCGAGCAGCUUUUUAGAAAAGAUCAAGGUAAUUGCGUAAUUGCGCUGCCAAAAUGGUCUUUCGAUAUCAACGUUGCGAGACGGGCAUAUAAAGCUUUUGAGGACUUAAAAGAAGGCUCCCUUGGAACCCUGCUACGAGCCUACAAAUUCUAUUAUGCAGAAUAUACGAUCAGGCCGCGCGGCCUCCGUGUGAUCAUUUCUUCACCUGACGAAUCUGUUUCUGCUGCCGGCACAACCUGGACACACUCGAAAAUCGGAGGCUGUCUUGAGAUCAAUGGCAAGUACUACGGCCUUACUGCUGCUCACGCUUUCCCAGACAUAGCCACUAGAGCAGUGGCGUCUUCUCAUGAGGAGAACGACCGGUCGUCUAGCUCCACCUCAAAAAUCGGCGCUGGCAUUCUUGAACUACGUGAAGUCUAUGCACAUGCUGGCAUCGUUGAGAAUCUUUACGAUAAUGCAUUGCUUACUUCUGCUCAGUCCCCCGACACAAGAAUGCUUCUCAAUGGCACCAUAAAAGAUCCCGAACGAGCCAGCGUUGCUCCUAUUCUUUACAACCGCAACAAGGAUUGGGCUCUUGUCCCCAUAUCGAACAGGCGCUUUGCAACCCAUAACUGGGUCGAUCUUGGAAGUGAGCAGUACAUGUCUGUCAGCGGCGUUGCUGAGACUCUUCCGGAAGAGUCUGUCUUUUGCGCUAGUGGUGUGUCUCAACCGUCGGUAACGAAGCUCUCUGGAACGGCGUCGGCGAUCCUUCUCCCAGGAUCUGAUCGACUUCAAAUAGUAUGGACUGCUGAACGCGGAAGUGAUCUUGGAGAUUGUGGCUCGUGGGUCAUCAACAAGGAAGGACGUCCGUUCGGCAUGAUUGUGGCGGCGUCGGGAGACGCAGCUGAAGGAGAAGUAAAAUCUUAUUGUUUACCAUUAGCGCCGAUUUUUGCCGACAUUCAAGAAGAUUUCAACGCUCCAAUAGUUGAGCCAGCAGCGCGAGAUCCAGAGGCAGAAGAUCCUAAUAGGUUCAGUUUGGAGACUCAUCCAUUGUGGGACCUCAAGUUCGAUGUGCGAGAAGAUGCUAGAGAGUCCUCGAAUGACAGUACCAGCAGUGGAAGUACAGAAUCUAACAUCGACAAAAUCCGGAAAGUUGAGGGAUAUGGCACGGAUUCUUUUCGCGCAAGCCAGUCAACUCGGUCGACUAUAAACGUAACACAAGCACAGGAGGAGGUCGAGAAAGCACUAAGGCCCCAGGAGCUCAGCGACACCACCAGAAGCAAUGAGAGACAGCCGAAGAAACCGGUGCGCAGCCAUACCGUGGAAAUAGAGGAUGGGGAAGAGCCAAAACCUUCCAACAAAACCUUGGAGAACGGAGAUAUUCUUAGCACUGUGAGUGAUGAAAGCCGAACGAGUGAAUAUGUGGAAAGUCCGGCAGCUGCUGUAAAUGCACCAAAUUUGGGACGUCCCAAAGCUUCGGAUGUGCAUGUGGAACAAGAUCCUGAAGACGAAGCCUCAGAUCCCCAGGACUGUUUGACGACUGAUGAGACACAGCUUACCCCUCGAACGCGUACAAGUGACCUGAUGGACGCCGCUAGGCCUACCCAAGGCAACAGAGACCACGAGCGCGCUUCAAGUGGUCCGGUCGUACUCGCACAUGUCUCACGUCGGCUGAAGUCGCCUUCGCCCGAGCUAGAGGAAAAGUUAGAACAAGAAGGAAUAAUCGUUCGCCAGGACGAAGCGGAGAGUCCUCUGUACAGAGAAGAUCUCGACAAGGGGAAGAAGCAAUCACUCGCCCGGUUAAAUCAGAGCGUCCUCCGCAUAGAAGAAGACAUCGACGAGCAGACGACAUAA